AUGAGUGGCGAGCGAGGGAACGAGCAUGAAUCAACAUCCGGUCGGAGCGAUCCAGACGUAACCGUGCUGCGGGUGGAUGACCCGGGGGAUGUGCCACUCCCAGAGGUGUCCGGGGAUGUGGAGCAAGAAGAGUUGGCCACCGGUGGAGCGGGUAGCUACGGGCGAGAAGCGUCCGUUUCUCACUCGGAAGAGGAAGAUGAGGACGAAGAAGAGGAACCGCCGGAGCUGAAGGCCGCAGGACAACAGGACUUCCCUCCCACGCCGUAUGAGGAGUGCUUAGAUUUAAGGAUAUUUGAAAUGCACACGGAACCGACCGGUGCAACGGAACAUAGCGAAUCUCAAGGCGAAUCAGAACCGUCCCAUGCCAGUAACAGUGACAGUGAGGAAACCCACCACAAGCAGGAUCAGAACGACGUGUUGGUGGCAGAUGAACAGAACGCGACACGGGACCAAGCGGUGCCGGAUGAUGCACUUUGCGACCCUCCGGAAGGAACUUCCGAACCCGAUGCGGAUUGUUACGGUGUCCGGCGUAAAGGCGAGUGUCCUGCGAACGGUUCCGGAACGCAAGAAGAAAAUCAAAACCAAAACGGAACGAAGAAAAAAGUUCGCCCGAAUCGUUUAUCACCGGAAGUGACGGCGGCUGGUGGUCGUUCGCGUAAGAAGCAGUUCUGGGCCGCAGCUGCAUCCGGUGCCGUAGACGAUUGUGGCCUACCACGACCAACACCCGGUCAAUCGACCACCGGAAGCUUUACGCUUGAUAGUCCCACGAAGCUUCAUCGGCCACUUGAGCGUUCGUGGCCACCGAAACCUGGCCAACAACGUUCGACGGCGUUACUGCCACAAGGAGCGGAAGGGUUUUCCUUCGACAUCAUUGAUAUGGACGAACAGGACGUGGAGGGUGCCGUUGGUGGGUUGUUUUGUGAAACUUCCCGGCGGCCGGAUGAAGACGGAAACGUCCCGACGGAUGCUUCGAGCCCGUUGAGGCUGAUGCGACUGGAUAGGAAUGGAAAUGAGUCACCGAGCGCGGUUACGACGGAACAACCGCCGAAACUUCCCCUCAAAAAGGCCACCAGAAACGCCCUCCCAGCGCGGCACGUGUCCCCAGAGCGAGAAGAAGACAUAAGCCCUCCACCACUUCCCGUACGGCCACAUCGUCCUCUCGUGCGUACGCAAUCCAACGGAAGGGAACCGCGUACACGCGAAAGCAGACCUCCACGGCCACUUCCGGUGGAACGAUCUACAACACCACCUUCCGUGCACACCGUGCGAAGUCCCGGAAGUCCUCAGGAACCUUCACCCGAGAGUGUCGCACUCGGGAAUGGCAUCCUGCCCCCGGCUCGACCACAACCCCGUCCACUAACGCGUGUCGGAGCCGGUCCACGAGCCUUGCCGGAUCUUGUGUGUCCCCCGACACCGACACACCACGCCAGGCGACACCGUGUGGCCUCCGCUGCAGCUCCAGCGGAUGGAUUUGGGCCACCAGAAUUGAGACUUGCGCGUCCUGAUGUUGAGGACGCGAGUGGGCAGUUUCCGGAUGACGCUCCGGUGGCCAUUGGACCUUCACUCGAGCAUGAGGGUGCGGCUGGGGACGUUGGAGCGGUACGGCACGUCCCCAGCAUGCGAUUGCCCUCGAUCCCGGAACGAGCUCGGGCGAUUCUCGCGGAACCAGAUGAUUCCUUACCACCGGCAUGGGAAGCGCGAAUGGACAGUCAUGGGCGGAUUUUCUACAUUGACCACGCGACUCGCACCACAUCCUGGCAACGGCCUGCACCUCCCGGCUCAUCCGCCGUGCUUGGUCAUGGUCCGGAUCCGCACCGGCAACAGCUAGACCGUCGGUAUCAAUCGAUCCGGCGUACGAUUUACGAACACAUGCGUCAUGAAGCCGCUGGACCCGUGCGUGCCUCAACAUCCGGUGUCGCUUGGCAAGCCUCGGAUGGUGCCACAACAAGCCACUCCGGUCGGCCACGUUCAAGCUCAACUGGUGGUCGACCACGCGAGCAACUUCCCGUGGCACCCGUACCACCUACCGGACCACCGGUUCCACCAACCACGGAACCAACUCGCCCGGGAACCGGUUCAUUCCAUCCGGCACUGUUGAUGAUCUGCCGGUCGGAUUUCUACUCGAUGCUGCAUACGAAUGGUGACGCGAUUCAGAUCUACAACCGAAAUGCCGCACUCAAGCACAUGGUGUCACGGGUUCGCCGUGAUCCGGGUUGUUUCGGGCGUUACCAACACAACCGUGAUCUGGUCGCGCUCGUUAACUGCUUCGCGCUAACCGCGCAGGACCUUCCGAGUGGGUGGGAAACGAAACUCGACCAAAGUGGGAAGCAAUUUUUCAUCGAUCACGUGAACCGGAGAACCUCGUUUAUGGAUCCGCGUUUACCCACCGAAGGACCCCGGGCACGUCACCAUCGUCCCCCGACCGGUACCUCGCUUCUGCUGGCGGGUCCUUUUCCAGAUGAACGGCCCAUUCCACCACCACGACCACCGGCCACUAUCUCGCGGUUAGCACACGCCAGCUCACCGGAAGUUCCCGUCGCUUACAAUGACAAGGUCGUGGCGUUCCUGCGACAGCCCAACAUCCUGGAGAUCCUUCGCGAGCGUCACGGGGCGGCAGCUUGUUCGCGGAAUUUGCGCGAAAAAAUCAACGCAAUCCGGGUCGAAGGCACGACGGCACUCGAUCGGUUCAGCCAUGAUCUUGAGCUUACGAUUCUCCUCAGCCUGUUCGAGGAAGAGGUGAUGACAUACGUGCCACCACGAGCCCGCAGUCCACCGGAACAAAGCUCGCCAAGUGUCAGCAACGCGGUCAAGGCCGGCGGUCGCCACGUCCAGCGGGCUCCGGCGCCAAUGAGGCGCGAUUUCGAAGCCAAACUGCGCAACUUCUACCGGAAGCUCGAGUCGAAAGGCUACGGUCAGGGACCGCACAAGCUCAGACUGGAAGUACGCCGCGCCCACCUGGUGGAUGACGCCUUCGAACGCAUCAUGGCGGCGAGUCGCCGAGACCUGCAACGGUGCCGUCUGAACAUCGUCUGGGACACCGAGGAUGGGCUGGAUUAUGGUGGUCCAUCACGCGAGUUCUUCUAUCUCCUAUCGCGCCAGCUCUUCAGCCCCUACCGGAAGAUGUUCGAGUACUCAGCGAACGACAUCUACACGGUCCAGAUCGCACCGGAGCGCCCGACCGAGCGGGAGGACAUUUUGGAAUGGUAUCGCUUCAGCGGGCGCGUCCUGGGGCUAGCACUCGUUCAUCAGUACUUGCUGGAUGCGUUCUUCACGCGACCAUUCUACAAGGCACUACUCCGGCUGCCUGUUUCCCUGAGUGACCUGGAAUCGCUUGACAGCUCGUUCCAUCAGUCGCUGCUCUGGAUCCGCGAUAACAACAUGGAUAGCUGCAGCGAGCUUGGGCUGAACUUUACCGUCACCGAGGAGCGCUCAGAUGGGUCCUCGAUCGAUAUCGAGCUGAAGCCGAAUGGGCGUAAUAUUACGGUGUCGGAGCGGAAUAAGCGUGACUACCUCGAACGAAUCAUCAAAUGGCGCCUCGAACGGGGUGUCCUCGAGCAGACCGAGUGGCUGGUGCGUGGUUUCAACGAAGUCGUCGACCACCGGCUGGUGUCGGUGUUUGACGCCAGCGAGCUCGAGCUCGUCAUCUCCGGUACGGUUGAGAUUGAUGUGCACGAUUGGCGGGCGAACACCGAGUAUCGUGGUGGGUAUCACGACUCACACCACGUGAUCGUGUGGUUCUGGGCCGUGAUCGAUCGACUGAGCAAUGAGCAGAGACUGAGACUGCUGCAGUUCGUCACCGGCACGUCCAGCAUCCCACAUGAUGGGUUCGCUGGAUUACGAGGCUCGAACGGGCUGCGUCGGUUCUGCAUCGAGAAAUGGGGCAAAUCGAACGCGUUGCCACGCUCGCAUACGUGCUUUAAUCGGCUCGAUCUGCCGCCUUACCCGACGCCGGAUGUUCUGUACGAGAAGCUGGUACUAGCCGUCGAGGAAACGAACACGUUCGGGAUCGAGUAG